AUGCCGGAGGGGCAGCAGGUGCAGGACAGGUGCAGGAGGGACGAUGCCCCCGGCAAUGGGCAGCUCCCUGGGUUCUGCCCUCCAGGUCCGGCUGGCGGGGCCGAAAUCUCGGGUGGCCCUGCGGAUGGGCACCCGCACAGCCCCCUGCCGCCUCGGCCAGCUCCUGUCCCGGCCACCACGCUGUUGACGGCAGCCUCUCUGCACAAAGGUGCUUUCCAAGAAAGAGGCCGGCGGGUUCACAACAGCCGCACCCCACCCACCCCACCGCGAAAGGCCUCGGCCUUGGUGACCAGGAAAGAAGCACUAACCCUGGUGCACGGCUCUGACACUACCCCGCAGGGUCUCACCACAGAGCGGAGGCGGAGGAUGGUGCCCGGCAUAGCCAGCCUCGGGAGGUGCAAGUCUGCCCCGCACGCAGCGCCCCAUACCCCGCGCUCAAACCGCCAUGUCCCACGCACAGUCCCCCAUGUCCCGAGCACAGGACCCCCACCCCGCGCGCAGACCCCGUGUCCUGUGCGUAGACCCCGUGUCCCGCGCAAUCCCCCAGCCCCGCGCGCGGAUCCCGUGUCCCGGACGCAGACCCCCAUGUUCCGGGCACAGACCCCCAUGUCCCCGGUGCAGACCCACCGCCCCGAGCGCAGACCCCGUGUCCCGCGCAGUCCUCCCUCCCCGCGCGCGGACCCACCGCCCCACGAGCGGACCCCUAUGUCCCGCGCGCAGUCUCCCCGCCCCGCGCAGACCCCCAUAUCCCGGGCCCAGACCCCCCGCCCCGCGCAGCCCCCCAUGUCCCGGGCGCAGUCCCCCAGCCCCGCGCAGCCCCCGCGAGGGGCGGGAAACUCCUUCCGAGACCCGGGGUCGCGGCCCGCAGAGCGGAUGUGCCGGGCCGAGGCUGCCACCUGCCCUGCUUCCCACCGGGCCGCGGCGCGUGACCUGGUGUCCGCCCCGGGAAAGGCGCUGGCCAGAGCAGCCGUGUUGGGUGAGGAGGUCCAGUGCCCUGGCCGUGCCUCAGAGCCCCAGGGCCUGCUGUUCAUGUUCCUCCUGUGCGCCCCUUCAGCAGUGCCACCGGCCCCACACUGGAGGUGGCAGCACAGGUCGGGGCCUUCAGCCGUGAGCAAGGGCCUGGACGUGGCCUUCACAUCCUUCCGAGGGGCCAGGCAGGCUGCCCAGGGCAGAGCCAGGAGGAAGUGCUGGAUCAGAGAACCUGCCGCGGGGAGCCCCGGGGACGAGGGGGAGGAGGCACAGGUGAGGAGACGCAGCUCACAUCUCGUCCUGCAGGCGCGAGUCUUCGCAGGGUCUGCAGGGAAUGAAAAGUCAGUGUGGGAGGGUGGCCGCUGCCGCAGCCUCUGUGAGCGGACUGCAUCGAUGGGGGCAGCAGCAACUGGGCAGGGGCCGAGGCAGGCCGGCGAGCGGGGGGAGGACGCCAUCGCAAAGGCAGCACACGGCCUGGUGCACGGGGAGGGCGUGCUCUGGGGCUCCUGGUUCCCUGGGAUGGGAGCGCAUGGUGACAGUUACCACACGGUGCUCAGCACACCACAGCAUCACAUCAGCGGACUCCACGUUGGGGCCAUGGCGGUGCAGAGGCUGCAGCACUGUGUCUCGAGGUUCCAUGGACAGCUGCAGUGCCACCCCGCAGUGGACAGUGUCAGCCACGUGAGGGACGGCCGGGCGGGCCCUGUGGUGCAGGCGCUGUGGGGACAGCUGAGCUGUGGCCCGCUCUCUCCUGCAGGCCUCGUGAAGCUGGGAAUCCACUGUGUCACGUGUCAGAAAGUCGCCAUCAAAAUUGUCAACCGCGAGAAACUCAGCGAGUCCGUGCUGAUGAAGGUGGAGCGGGAGAUCGCCAUCCUGAAGCUCAUCGAACACCCGCACGUCCUCAAGCUGCACGACGUUUAUGAAAACAAAAAAUAUUUAUACCUGGUGCUGGAACACGUGUCGGGCGGGGAGCUCUUCGACUACCUAGUGAGGAAGGGGAGGCUCACCCCCAAGGAGGCCCGCAAGUUCUUCCGGCAGAUCAUCUCAGCGCUCGACUUCUGCCACAGCCACUCCAUAUGCCACAGGGAUCUGAAGCCGGAAAACCUUCUGCUGGACGAGAAGAACAACAUCCGGGUUGCAGACUUUGGCAUGGCAUCCCUGCAGGUGGGCGACAGCCUGCUGGAGACCAGCUGUGGAUCCCCCCACUACGCCUGCCCGGAGGUGAUCCGGGGGGAGAAGUACGACGGGCGCAAGGCGGACGUGUGGAGCUGCGGCGUGAUCCUGUUCGCGCUGUUGGUGGUGAGCGCCCCCCGCACGCGGCCCCGCCCCUGCUGCCCGGGGGAUCGAUCGGGCCCCACGUUGGUCUCGGUGGCUGCCUCUUGGCAGCUCCAGGGAGAAGCGUUUGCCAGGGGCAGGGCUUCUGGGAGUGCGGAUGGGGGCCCCGCCUGCGUCUGCGCGGUGGUGCUAGGAGUGCUGGUGGGCGCGGUGUGCACAGGUUUGCUUUUCCUCGCAGGGCAGGGGUGCCGCCUGCAGCCUCUGGGAACGCAGCCCCUCCCCUACUUCCGCGGCCCCACGCUCCUGCUCUCUCCGCGCCCACACCCCACCUUCUCCGUCUCGCCUAACCUAGAGCACAUUCAGAAACACAUAUGGUAUAUAGGCGGCAAGAACGAGCCUGAGCCAGAGCAGCCCGUUCCCCGCAAGGUGCAGAUCCGCUCGCUGCCCAGCCUGGAGGACAUCGACCCCGGCGUGCUGGACAGCAUGCACUCGCUGGGCUGCUUCCGGGACCGCAACAAGCUGCUGCAGGACCUGCUGUCCGAGGAGGAGAACCAGGAGAAGAUGAUCUACUUCCUCCUCCUGGACCGGAAGGAAAGGUACCCCAGCCAUGAGGACGAGGACCUGCCCCCCAGGAACGAAAUAGACCCUCCCCGGAAGCGUGUGGACUCCCCAAUGCUCAACCGGCACGGCAAGCGGCGGCCCGAGCGCAAGUCCAUGGAGGUGCUCAGCGUGACUGACGGCGGCUCCCCGGUGCCUGCACGGCGCGCCAUCGAGAUGGCCCAGCACGGCCAGAGGUCUCGGUCUAUCAGUGGAGCGUCCUCAGGCCUUUCCACGAGCCCACUUAGCAGCCCCCGGGUGACCCCUCACCCCUCACCGAGGGGCAGUCCCCUCCCUACCCCCAAGGGGACGCCCGUCCACACGCCAAAGGAGAGCCCAGCCGGCACACCCACCCCCACGCCACCAUCCAGCCCCAGCGUGGGAGGGGUGCCCUGGAGGACGCGGCUCAACUCCAUCAAGAACAGCUUCCUGGGCUCCCCCCGCUUCCACCGCCGGAAACUGCAAGUGCCAACGCCGGAGGAGAUGUCCAACCUGACCCCAGAGUCAUCCCCAGAGCUGGCCAAGAAGUCCUGGUUUGGGAACUUCAUCAACCUGGAGAAGGAGGAGCAGAUCUUCGUGGUCAUCAAGGACAAGCCGCUGAGCUCCAUCAAGGCCGACGUCGUGCACGCCUUCCUCUCGAUCCCCAGCCUCAGCCACAGCGUCAUCUCCCAGACGAGCUUCCGGGCCGAGUACAAGGCAACAGGGGGCCCUGCCGUGUUCCAGAAGCCGGUCAAGUUCCAGGUGGACAUCACCUACACCGAGGGUGGUGAGGCCCAGAAGGAGAAUGGCAUCUACUCCGUCACCUUCACCCUGCUCUCAGGCCCGAGCCGCCGCUUCAAGAGGGUGGUGGAGACCAUCCAGGCGCAGCUACUGAGCUCCCACGACCAGCCGUCAGCCCAGCACUUGUCAGACACCACUAACUGUGUGGAAAUGAUGACGGGGCGUCUUUCCAAAUGUGGAAUUAUCCCGAAAAGUUAACAUGUCACCUCCACGAGGCCAUCCCCUGUGCUCCGCGCCGGACACUGGCUGACGAAGGCAGCUGCUGCGGACCCGCCCUCCCUCCUGCUGCUGCUGCUGCCGCUGCGGCGAAGCCCAGCCCACCUGCCCGUCCACCGCCUCCACCCCCAGGCGGCAGCUCGCACCCACCCGCCUCAGCUCCGCACGGCCCGCGGGAGGAGGACCCCGCUCCCAGGGCAAGCCUCCUCCAGCCCAGCCCGCCCGGACUCCUGAUGACUGGACCCCUCGGCAGGAACAGUCUGUCCAGCCAGCCUGCCAGAGUGGGCAACCCCACGGUGGCCGCAGCGGCAGGCACGGACCCCGGCCGCCCCCCUCCACACCGCAGCUGAAGGCCUCUCCUCGGCGCCGUCUCCCACGGGCACCGCACCUGCGCCUCCCCGCAUCGUCUCCAUCUGCACCUCGGCCGCACCGGGCCACUCAUGCCUCAUGUGCAUCCGUUUCUCCCUCACCCCGUGGGCGCAGGGGACUGUUGGCUUUGCCAUCGGUCCUGGCUGAGGUGGAAAUAGAGAGGCCCUGGGGCACCAGAGUGGUCCUGGCCUCCAGCUCUGGCCGGGCUGGUGGGGCCGGGCUGAGAUCAGUGUUGUUUUCUUUACUUCUCUGUUCAGGGAAGGGUGGCCGCAGCGUGCUCCUGCCACCGGUCUGCGUGUCUUGGGCAGGGUUGGGUCUGGAGCCAAGGUGCCCUCUGAGGACAGAGCCGUCAGGGUGCUGGGGGCAGCGGGGGGCUGGCCAGUGGAUGCAGCACCGGCAAGCUACUGUAAACUUUAAAGAAUUCCUGCAAGAUAUUUUUAUAAACUUUUUUUCUUGGUUGUUUUUGGAAAAGGGCGUGGGGGUGGGGGGAGCCGCUGGGACAGGGCUAGGUUUUGAGUUUCAGUUCCUCGCUCUUGGUUAUUUCUAUAUACACAUACAUAUAUAUAUAUAUAUAUAUAUAUUUAAAGAACGAUGCGAAUAGCUCUGUCCUGGGUUCUGUUUUAUUCCUGUGUAGAAGCAGCUCCGAUUCUGUAUGGGGGCGCAGGUGGAGGGCAUCGUCUGAUAGCAGGUGGCUCAGGCCGCCACCCCACGACAGCACCGCCCAGCACCUCUCCGUCCAGACUGGGAGCGAUCUUGGUUUUGUGUCCGAGAGAGAAGGGGGAGGAGAUGGCCCUGAGCAGGCCCCCCACCCCCCCCACACACACACAGGAUGGCAGGGGCACCGCGGGGCUUUUUUUAUUAAAAUGAAAAAAUUUUUUUAGAAAACCAAACACCAAGGACAGGAAGAGUUAGCGGCGUUCCUCUGCAGCGUGUUUCUCCUGUACAUAGGGAGGUCAAGGGGCACAGCCCACAUGGGUAGGGGGCUGGCCGGCCCACCCUGCCCGCUGCCUGCCACCCACCACCCACCACCGGGCAGGCCCACCCUGCUUCAUCUCCAUCUCCGGCUCCUGUCUGUGUUCCUUUAUGUCCGUGCUGGCCCAGCCCCUCCCGGGCUGGCUGCAAGGCCCCCAGGUGCAGCUGGCAGCGGGGCAGGCAACGGGCAGGUUUCAUGCAUGCCUUUGCUGUGACCGUCCAUUUUGCUUCAGGUGUCCCCCCGCCUCCCCUCCCCUCUCUUCGUGUAUAGAUUUUAAUGCUCCUGUUACAUUAAACCUCUACCACAGGCUGGGAUUUCUAUACAUAGGGAAAAACUACACACCUAUAACAGCAAAAGCCACGCAGUACAAGCAGGAAGGGGCUCGUCGCGGAGACAGAGGGUACCGAAAGCAAUACCUCUAGUUAGCCGUCCUCUUUUGUACUUCGGACACACGCGGACUCACGCAGGCGUCACGGAAAUGGACACGCCCCAUCCAGUGUACCCCUGUCAGAUAACUGUGAGCAACUUCAGUUCCAGAACAAUAAACUCCUUCAGUAAAGA